AUGACCCCCACUCCCCGAACCCUCAUCGUGUUCGGCGCCGGCCCAGGCAUUGGCGACCACAUCGCCGCGCAAUUCGCCCUCUCCACACCUAUAUCGCACAUUGUCCUUCUCGCACGUAACACCACUCGCCUCAGCACCUCCGACGCACCCUUCGUCUCUUCUCACAACGCCUCCAUCAAAGUAUCAACCCUCGCCAUCGACCUCUCCGACCUUUCCUCUAUACCCGGCGUGCUAGAAAAGUUGGAUUCCAUGACCACAGGAGAAGAUGUAGAAGUGAUACUAUUCAACGCAGCAAGGAUCCGAGCAGCAUCGCCUUUGGAUUUCGACGUUGGGGAGAUUGAAGAGGAUCUUCGGACAACCACACUAUCCCUCUACCUUAUAUCUCAACACUACGUCCCCCGCCUCCAGUCUCUCGCCUCCUCCAAGCCUUCUUAUAAACCUGCAUUACUAGUAACAAACUCCCAUCUUCCCUGGAACCCCGUCCCCCAGCUGCUCUCUCUCAGCGUCGUCAAAGCAGCGCAGAAGAGCAUGGUGGAUAGCUUGUCCCGCGCAUUCAGCAGCAGCGGUGUUCAUGUGGGCUUGCUACAUGUUGAAGGUGUUGUUGCACCUGAGAACAAGGUGUUGAAUCCAAAGACAAUUGCAGAGAGGGCGGUGAAGUUUUGGGAGGAAGGUGUAGCGGGUGGUGUGGGGAUUAGGAUCAGAGAGUAAAGUGUAGCGGGCGGUGACAUCUUGAAGUCAGAAAAAGCUUGGCAGAAUUUUCUUCGGAUCAGGUAGUUGAUGGUUCUUCAGUUUGGUACGUCAAGGGUGGGUACUGAAGAUUCGAAUUAGGGAGUCAAGUAUAGCGGGGGAUGUGGGGAUUUAGAUGGGAAUCAUGGGUUAUUAGCAAAGUGUAGCAGGUGGUGUGAGAAUCGCGAUGGGAAUUAGUGAA